UUUUCGCAUGGAACUGUUGUGAAAACGAUGUCUCGGUUUCACAAACCUUGUUUUCUACUCACGUACAGGGGCUGUCAGUUCGUCAAGUCAGUAUAUAAGUCAAUACUGCAUUGAGCUGGGUACUCGACCUGGUUUACUUACAACGAUGGCUGACAACACACUAAAACUCGGGUUCUCCCGUGGUCAGCCACGGAACGACCAACUCGAACCUUUCCGGAAACCUACGAUCACUACAGAACUCUGGGUAGGAGAGUGAGGGGUGGGCGGGAACGGUAACGAAACAAAGUGCUCCGAUGUCAGCUAACCCGUUGUCCUGAUACCUCAACACUGUUAGAGUAAUAACACAGAAUCAGGUCCUGUCUUCCUACCACCAUACCAAAACAACCACUACAACCAUAAUGAAUAGACUUCCUGAUGCUGGCUCCACGCCUCCAGCCAAGAAACAUAGAAAGACUUUAGGGGAUGGUGAGCUGACUUUCUCCCAGGACUCCGUGUGCCAAGAGGAUGCUCACUCCUGGCAGUUCUGGUCCGUGGAGGAACUUGCAGAACAACUCACCCUUAGAGGUUUACAGGAGUUGGCUGAAAAGUUCCAAGGGGAAGAAAUUGCAGGGAAACAUCUGCGCUUUGUCACGGAUGAAAAGUUAAAACAAAUGGGUAUCAGGAAAAUGGGUAAAAUCCUUGAUUUUGAGAAGUUCUUACAUGAUGUUGGAUGUAAGGCCAAUAAAUGGAGUACCUAUCAUCCCAAUACAAAGAUAUUCAAUGACCCAAUCCAUGGCCAUGUGGAGUUGCACCCGCUGUGUGUGAAGAUCAUUGACACACCGCAGUUCCAGAGACUCCGAUUCAUCAAACAACUUGGAGCUUGUUAUUUUGUCUUCCCCGGAGCAGCACACAACAGAUUUGAACACAGUAUUGGUGUUUGCCACCUGGCUGGGCAGCUGACACGGACACUGCAGCGACGACAGCCUGAACUGAUGAUCAGCGAUGAAGAUAUUUUGUGUGUGGAGAUCGCAGGGCUGUGUCAUGAUCUUGGACAUGGUCCCUUCUCACACCUGUUUGAUGGGGAGUUUAUUCCACUCACUUCAGGGGCAAAGUGGAAGCAUGAAGACGCAUCUGUGAAAAUGUUUGAUCAUCUGGUUCAGGAGAACAACCUGGAAGCUGUAUUUUCGGAGUUUGGCUUGACUGACACUGACCGCAUCUUUAUCAAGGAACAGAUCAAGGGUCCCCCGAGAGAGAGGCUCACGCAAACAGAUUAUCCUUACCAAGGAAGAAGCAAAGAAAAAAGGUUCUUGUAUGAAAUUGUGGCCAACAAGAGAAAUGGCAUAGAUGUUGACAAGUGGGACUACUUCGCACGAGAUUGCUACAUGCUAGGCAUUAAGAACAAUUUUGAUCACAACCGCUUCAUGAAGUUUUCUCGGGUCAUCUGUGUUGAGGGCGUGAUGCAAAUCUGUGCUCGGGACAAGGAAGCGAGUUCGCUGUAUGAUAUGUUCCAUACUCGGAGCUCGCUGCAUCGCCGGGCCUACCAACACCGCUGCAACAAGAUCGUGGAUGCCAUGUUGGUGGCAGCGAUGAUCAAGGCUAACGAUCAUAUCAAGAUACCGGGAGCCAAUGGUUCAAUGCUGAAGAUGUCUGAAUGUAUCGAGGACAUGGUGGCGUACACACACCUCACUGACCAUAUCCUAAACCAGAUCAUGCUCUCCACCGAGCCCGAACUGGAGGAGUCUCGUAACAUCAUCAACAACAUCAUGUGCCGCAAGCUGUAUAAGUGUGUUGGGCAGAGUCAGCCAAGCCCAGGCCAAAUCAUCAGUGAGGAAGAUAUCCCAUUAAUUCAGAGUCAACUGAUUGAGAGUAUGACAGAUGACGACAAGGAGUCUGAGGUCGCCCUUGACAUUGAGGACAUCGUCGUGCAUCUGGUGUAUCUGGAUUAUGGCAUGAAGGACAAGAAUCCAAUAGAAAAUGUCCGCUUCUAUAACAAGUCUGACCCAAACACGGCUGUGGAGGUCAGGAAGACUCAGGUCUCACACAUGCUUCCGGAGAAAUUUGCUGAGCAAAUGAUAUUGGUUUAUUGUAAGGAUCCACGGCAGAGGGCCAAACUUGGGAUUGCUGCUCGGUGCUUUGAAAACUGGUGCUCUAAACACAACAUGGAGACCCCUAAGCAUUUUGGAUGGGAGUUGACUCCAGUUGUGAAGCGUGGUGCCUCCCAGGGCCCUGUCUCCACUCCCCCAGACAGUUGCCACCCAGACGGAGGGAGACAGGAAACACCCCAUAGUGCAGGCAAAUUCAAGCAGAAAUUGUCAUUCUAGGGUGCUCAGUGUCCUAAGUUUCAGAAAUAGUUCUCAACAUAAGUGUUAUGUUCUACUUUAGUAUAACAUUGUUCAUAAUACCAGGGAGGGAAUAGAUUAUUUUAAAAAAUAAAAUCAUGGCCAUAGGUCCUUCACUAAAUUUUACCUAAGAACACAAAUACUGUCAAAUUAUGGAAUUUGCACUUUAAACUUUAACCACAAGCAGUGAAUAGUCAAAGGCCUAGUAUGCUUAGUGAAGGAUCCAAGUCUUGAAAAUGAAGACUGAUCAAACAGGACAUAUCUUGAGUAAUAGUCCAAUAUUUCAUUGGCAUCUAAACCACAGCAUAAUAGUAAUGAUUAAAAAUAUACAAUAUUUUUCUUUCAUCUUAAUUUUGUUAGUCAAUUUUCCACACCUGACCCUCCCUAGGGAUGAAGAAAACUAUUGAUCUCUGAAGACAUUUCAACAAUCGUAGCAUAAUCCUUUCCUAUUUUACUCCUCAGUCUAUGAUCGGUGGACCCAGUUAUCUGAAAGGUGAUCAGAUGAUCUCAAUGGCUGUUAAAUAUGGAUUAGUGACUACGAUGAUAACAAAAUGCAUGUGACCUGACUAAUAAUGUACUGGUCCGUCACAUUGCAGGCUGGGGUUACAUUGUUGCAAAGUUUAAUAUGGAUUAAGCAUGUCUGAUGGUCUGUUUGAAGAGUAUUUAAUAUUAUGAGUUGGUAUUUUUAAAUCUAAAAUGAAAAGGUUGGGCCACUGCAUUCCAUUGCACCACGCACAGUUUGUUAACUGCUUUGCCAAAUUCAAACUUUGCUGUAGGAGCAUAUUAUUUCCUCACCUUUAUAAGGUUUGUAUAAACCUAUCAUUUAUAGUGGAUUUAACUGUUUUAACCACAUAAAGAUGAAAUGUUUUGCUCUUAGAGCACAUUAUAAUGUCUACAUGUUGGUGCACAAAUGUAGAUGCACAAUUACAUUGUCCCUCAAUUUCAAAUGUGCAGAGACAUCCACAGAUAGCACUAUACAGCAAUGAUACAGUCCUUUAACAUCAUGCAAGGAAAUAACAAUACAGUGACGUCAUUGUUUAAUGAACAUUGCAGCGUUGCUUCCAUUAACUUUCGCAAUAUGGGUUUAAUUCACUUUUUGUUUAAUAUAUAAAGCCCAGAUCUGACUUUAGAUUCUUAGCAGAACUGCUUCAUGUAGAUGAUACAUGUAGUUUGAAAUAAUUUUGUCUCUAAAGCAGUCCCAUUCUUCACAGUUUGAGUUCUGCAGUAAAAUUCAUACCAGCAGACAUCAUUAAGGCACGGUCAUUUAAAAAAAUAUUGAUUUUUUUUUACUUAUCCUGUGUGUGGUGCUUAUUUGAAGUGUUGUGGUGCUUAGACAAUGAUGAAGAAUAUGUGUCCAUCUUAUAUAUUCUUUUACCUCUUGGACAAGAACAUAUUCUAAACAUAUAUUUUAUUAGAAAUACUCCACAUGUUUGCAUGCACAGGGCUUUAAGAGUGCUUGACGAUGUAUUUUCCUGUAUUUGCGAAUGUUUACAGCAUUGAAUAUAUGCCCAUGGCCAUGUAGUCCCAGCUUACUGCCUUCCACUGUCUCCUGUAGGUUGGACUGUUCUCCACACCCAUGUGUUUUACAUGUGCUUGUUAUUGUAUACAGUGGUUUCAUCCACUCUUUUAAGCCAUCCUGUUACUAUUGCUAUUUAUUACUUCUAUUGUUGCAAGGGUUAAGUUAUUAGUGGACACACGUUUGUGUUGGUUAAUCUUGGUUUGGAGACAGUUAUAUGUGAUACUGUCUCAUUGUGUUUGUUGUUCUUGUGACUGUAUUCCACCCUGGCUCUGAUUGAGGUGGGGGCACGGGUGGCCCAGUAACCUAAGGCACUGCAGAUUACUGUGGAGAGUUGCACCCCAUAGUCAUACCAGGAACUGCUGAUUGGGGAGUUGCCUUGAUUAUGUUUCUAGGUUUGUCAGCACCAUACCCAUGUUAAUGGCUUUCACUAAAGUGGUUAAACUAUUACCCAAAUUGAAAAGGCUCUCAACACCGUAUUGACCUAGAUCUGGCAGUUGUUUCCACAUAUACCACACUACUAUGAGUGGCGUCAAAAUCUGAAUGAACUUGUACCAUCAUCCUCUGUGCCCACAUAAUAGUAGACCUGUGAAGAUCCGGGGUAGAAUAGCUCUUCAGCAACCCAUGCUUGCCGUAUAAGGCGACAAUGCUUUUCAUAAGAGGCAAUUAAUGGGAUCGGGUGGUCAGGCUUGCUGACUUG